AUGAAAUUGAUCGAUAUAUUCGUCUUAUUCUUCUACUUCUACACAAUCGAUGGUUUACCGCAAGUACGUGUGCGACCUCAAACAGCGGUUAUUCCAUCAUCAUCUGAAGCACAUUUAAUAUGUGAAAGUAACGAUACACCGUUUCUUUCGGUUGCCUAUUGGACUCAUGUGGGCCAACGUAUUGAAUUGAAUCCAUCGAUAAUUGAAAUGCAUGACAAUGAAUUACGUAUAUUUCAAUUCGGCGAUACUGCUUAUACACAGCCAGGCGCUUACGCUUGUGUUGUUUCAACCGAAUACGGCUUACUUGAAAGUGAACCAUCCAUGUUAAGUUUACCAAGAGAGUAUCGCGGCUACUACAGUUAA